CCGCUGUACCAAAAUAACAGCGCUCCUGCCUCCUGUGACACAUUUCUGUCUGUCAGAGCUGAGCCGUCCAGUCUCCGGAGGAGAGUGGAGCUCUUGCAGGGAGACGCAAGGGCAAUAAAGAACGAAUCAAACGGCUGGCUGCAAAUUUGUCGACGAGUUUAUUUUUGAGAUAUGAGUCAGCGUAACACAACAUUCAAGCUUGCCAGCUAGUGGUGUGUGAUCUGGAGGGAGAGGUAAGGACGGCAGAGAACAUGGAGCUGUCAGAUGGCUUGUUGCUGCAGGUCAACAAUGGAGAGCAGUGGUGUAACCGCUGGAAACAUCCCAACGAUGACUCGGAUCGCAGCACCAGCCCCUCAGUCCUGCGCUGUGUUGCCAGUACGUGGAAGGAGGGCCUGCUGAACAGAAAGAGGCCCUUUGUGGGCCGUUGCUGUCACUCCUGUACACCACAGAGCUGGGAGAAACUGUUCAACCCCAGUAUUCCAUCUCUGGGACUGCGCAAUGUCAUCUACAUUAAUGAGACCCACACCAGACAGCGGGGCUGGCUGGCGCGCAGGCUGAGCUAUGUGCUGUUUGUCAUGGAGAGAGACGUCAACAAGGACAUGUUCACCAGGAACGUCGUGGACAACGUGCUCAACAACAGCAGGGUGGAGAGCUCGAUUUUGAAGGUAGCCACGGAUGUGGACGCUGCAGAAAGCCAACCUGGCCAGGAGCACAAAGCGGUCAGCAAAGUGAAGCAGAAAGCCCGGGCCUUCCUUCAGGAGAUGGUGGCUAACAUUUCCCCGGCCUUCAUCAGGCUGACAGGUUGGGUCCUCCUGAGGCUCUUUAAUGGUUUCUUCUGGAGCAUCCAGAUCCACAAGGGUCAGCUGGAAAUGGUCAAGAAAGCUGCAACAGAGCAAAAUGUGCCCAUGGUCUUCCUCCCUGUUCACAAAUCCCACAUCGACUACUUGCUCAUCACCUUGAUCCUGUUCUGUCACAACAUCAAAGCGCCACACAUCGCUGCUGGAAACAACCUUAGCAUCCCUAUCCUCAGCACCCUUAUUCGCAAACUUGGAGGAUUCUUCAUACGACGGAAAAUGGAGGAGACGGGGGAUAAGAAAGACAUUUUGUACAGAUCUCUCUUGCAUGCAUACACGGAGGAGUUGUUGCGUCAGCAGCAGUUUUUGGAGAUCUACCUGGAGGGUACCCGCUCCCGCAGCGGUAAGCCGUCUACAGCGCGUGCAGGCAUGCUGUCCAUCGUGGUAGACACAAUGUGCACUGGGUCGAUCCCAGACGUACUGGUGGUGCCAGUUGGCAUCUCCUAUGAUCGUAUUCUUGAGGGCAACUAUAAUAGCGAGCAGCUGGGCAAACCCAAGAAGAAUGAGAGUUUGUGGGGAAUAGCGUGUGGAGUGUUUAGGAUGCUGAGGAAGAACUACGGCUGCGUCCGAGUUGACUUCAACCAACCGUUCUCCCUAAAGGAGUACCUAGACUCUCAGAGAAGCCGCCAUAUUCCACCACCGGUGUCCCUGGAGCGCACCUUGAUGCCCAUCAUUAUUUCUGCACAACCUGACGCUCAGCUGUUUGAGGGGCAGGAGGAAGGGCAGGAGGAAGAGCAGCUGAACAGAGAGAUGCCCGAGGACAUCUUAAAGCGGCAACUUAUUAACAACCUGGCCAAGCACGUGCUCUUCACGGCUAAUAAGUCAUCAGCGAUCAUGUCCACCCACAUUAUAGCCUGCCUGCUGCUGUACAGACACAGACAGGGGGUGGUUCUGUCCAAGUUGGUGGAAGACUUCUUCAACAUGAAGGAGGAGAUCCUGUCACGGGACUUUGAUCUGGGCUUUUCGGGGAAUUCAGAGGAUGUGGUCGUGCGUGCCCUCCACCUCCUGGGAAACUGCGUCAAUGUGACCAGUAGUGCAAAUCGCAACGGAGAGUUCACCAUCGCCCCCAGCCAAACUGUACCUGCGCUUUUCGAGCUCAACUUCUACAGCAAUGGCCUUUUCCACGUCUUCAUUUCUGAUGCAAUCAUCGCCUGCAGCAUCCUGUCACUGCAGCGAGAGCUGGUGGCGGAAUCAGAGUCCGAUCAGCCGCCCGAUGGUCCCAGUAGCCUCCCUCUCAGUCAGGAGAGACUCAUCCGCAAGGCCGCCGGGCUCUCACACUUCCUUGUCAAUGAGGUGACACUGGCACCACCCUGUCAGACUAUUUACCAGGUUUUUCAUGAUGCAGUAACCCGGCUCAUUCAGUAUGGAGUUCUCUAUGUAGCAGAGGAGGACCAGGAGGAACUGAGUCCCAGCCCCACUGAGGAACCUUGGCCCAAAAAGUUCCCCGAGCCCCUUUCCUGGAGAAGCGACGAAGAGGACGAGGACAGCGACUUUGGAGAGGAGCAGAGAGAUCGCUACCUAAAGGUGAGCGUUUCCGCAGAGCACCAGGAGUUCUUCGUCUUCUUACAGCGACUUGUCAGCCCGGUGCUGGAAGCCUACAGCGGCGCUGCCAUCUUUGUCCACAGUCUGAGUCAGCCCAUGGCCGAGUCCGACUACACCCAGAGGCUCUUCAGAUACCUGCUCACGCGCACAGAGAGAGGAGUGGCUGCUUAUGGUGAAAGUGCAACUCAUUACCUGGUUAAGAACACAGUGAGGACAUUCAAAGAGCUUGGGGUCCUGAAGCAGAGACGAGAGAACCAUGUGACGACUCUGGAGCUGAGCAGCACCUUUCUACCUCAGGCCAAUCGGAACAAACUACUGCAGUACAUCUUAGGUUUCACCCUGCUGUGACCGACACACCUUUCAGCCCAGCUCAGACCCCAGGCUCCUUCCAAUAAAGGGCUUCUACUGGUUACUUCUAAACAAUCCCAGGUGCUACUCUGUGGAAAGCUUUACCAGGAAGUGCCUUCACGUAACAGCCGCUAACUGUUAGCUGUUAGCCGGAAGAGACUUGAAGCCAGUCUUCCCGUUUUGUUCCAGUCUAUGACUUCCCUGUCUUAGAACUGUGCAGCUGAUAACACACAUGUAACGUUCGUUGAAGGGGGAUCAUCCUCUCUUUGUGAACUUUGUCAGUGAAGUCAUGAGGUUUUAAUAUGAUCAAAAUUUUAAACUAUCAGAAAAUAUACUCGAGCAGGUUAGCAAAUAAGAAUCAGUUUUACAGCAAUCCGAACAAAGCAAGCUGCCUUUCAUCUAUUUAAGUGAACAAGCGAAAUAUGCAUAGAAAAUAAUGGUAAACGUAACCACCAACAAAAGCAUUUUUAUGUUUAACUCUGCUUGUUUGUAAAACCGCUGUAUUCUCUACAGUGUACUAUCAUACAGUAGAAAACAGGUCAAAAUGUAGUUUAAAGAAAGGUUCAUUUUUUGAAAACAAAUCUCUGUACAUAAGCCACAAGAACAAUGUCUUGCAUUUGUGGUGCAUUUAAAUACAUGCACUCGGGUGUCAUUAAAUAAAAUAAUGUAGCAUUAGAUAGAUUUGUCCCUGCAGAAUGCGUACAUAUCCAAAAUUUUGAUUUGCAAAACUAAAUGUCAAAAUCUAAUCCUCCUUAUACACAGCUUUGGUCAGUUAUACUGGUUUCAGAUAUCAAGAAUAUACGCAGCUGAUCAGUUAGGCCGUGCAAAAAUAUCUACGUGGCAAACACAAAAAGUUACCUGUCGGAAGUCCGGCUCAGCUGAAGUCUAAAAUCACACGCAUCUACAGUUAAGUGCAUUCAAACCACUAAUAUCUAAGUGCAUUCAGUUCCACUUUUUCGUCAUGGGUUUUGAUGAAAAGUGACUUUGAUCUCUGUGUUUGUGUAACACCGUGUUCACUUGUCAAUGAAUGUUACAUAGCACAGCACUUAACAUACAUAAUACCAGCCAUCACAUCCACUUAAGUUCAAAUGCAACGAGCUCAGAAACUCUUUGGUCAUGCCUUUCAGGGAAAGCAGAUUUGGGAUAACCACAAUUUUUUUUUUUUUUUUUUUUUUCCUGUAUUAUAAACACACUGUAUAAAAGCCGCUGAAGCAUUCACUGCUGAAAGAGCAAGUUUGCUCCAAUGGUUGGGCAUUUGCAAAACAGAGGAACUGCAUAGCGUGGUAAAAACAAAUGGUACAUAUCCACUGUGUGGUCCAUUUCAACGAAAGGUUAGCAGGAUAGUGUCUCUGUUGUACUGAAGGACGUCUUUCUCCUUUUAUUUACUUUAAAAUGCAGAUUACUUAAAAAAAUAAUAAAUGUAAUAAUUGUCCUAAUCUGUCAGGUUUACCUAUUCUUUAUUUUUUUCGUAGUUCAAUGAUUCACUUAAAAUUGAACUGAAAACGUUUCUAAAAAAACACUUUAAACUACAAACUACCACCGAGGACUUCCAGAUAAAUUCCGUUUUCUUUCUCCAAAAUGCACGUGUCAAAAAAAAAAAAAAAAAAGGUUCUUCUAAAUCUGAAGGCAUUUUGCAUUGAACGUGAAUGUACAACAUCUAAGCUAACGUUGGUGCAUGAGUGCACACAACUGAUAGGAAAAAGGAGGAGGAGUGUGUUUGGAAAGGGCAGAGUAAGUUUGGAUUAUUAGAGGGGAUGCUAUCAAUAUCUUUCUCAGAUUGAUAAUGUGAAGACAUUGUGAAUGUUAAAAAAAAAUAAUUGAUAUUCUUGAUCUGUCAGGGCAAUAAGAGUAAAUAGGAACCGGGUGUCUGCUGGUAUACGUUUGAAUGAAUAUCUAUACGGAAAGACUUGUUGACGUUGAUCAACAACACUGCUUGUUACAAUUAACUUAAAUGCUUUUUGUCAACAUAUUGCUUUAUUUAAUAUUAUAAACCUGCAUUUUUUUCCAUGCAGUUUUUCAAACCUAAUGUACGAAAUAUCCCUGUAAUGGAAAACUCAUGGAGGAUCGGUGAACGACACCCGUAGCAUGUUGAGGAACCGAAAAGUAUGUCAUUUAAAUGGGAAUGUGAUCAGAGUGAUUUGAUUGACAUUCAAAGCAUUUCUGAGCCCACGAUCUGUUUUUAAGUCCUCGCGCUGAGGGACCCCCCCCCCCCCCCCCCUCCGCCAAGAUAAAAACCACUCUACGUACUGUACUGCAUGUUUCCUCUGGUCGCCUUGAAUCAUCGACAUUUCAAUGUGAACUCUACUUAACCUGAGAAUUGUAUUUUACAGUCUAGUGUGUGAAUUAUGUUUCAGAGAAAGAUAGUUGUUUGUGUAGGAGAUGAAGUUCAAUUUGUUACCUCUUGAAUGUAUCUCAUCUGUCCCCACAAAGGUCAAUGUGAUAUUGUAGAGUACUCGAUGGAGUCGGUACAGACAUGAUUCAGUUUUUGUGAACUGCUCAUGGGGAUUAUUGUUGAGACUCAUUGCUACUGAAGCUGCAUUAACAACAUCCCUCUACGACUAUGUAACUUUCUAGGAUUAAAAAAAUAAUGCCUGUAUCUGGGGAGCAGGUGCCUUUUUAAUGCA